AUGUCAGGUCUAUCAGGAAUUCCGUCCUCUACAGGCCGCAAUUUCGCAUGGGUAAUAAGAAACCCCAUACGCACACCGAAUGGUUACAAACUACGUGUUUGUUUGACUUCUAACGGACAGUUUGUCCCAUUUCAUGGGAACCCCAACCAACCAUAUAAUUUCGACAUUGUAUUCCGCCACCCUGAUCUGAUAUUUGGGGUAGUUGUUGCUAUGAUUCCGGGGUCCCUUGAACAGCAGGGUCAUUUUAGCCUUGAAAUUCCAGAAGCGCAUCUUCCUAGAUGGCCUGGAGAGUACCGCCUCGAGCUCAAUAAACCGCUCGUAGGCUUUCUCCCGGCGGCUGAUGCUCAUGAAGGAAGCAGUGCAGCCACAGCUGUGCUUACCGUGCGUUCGCGAGAAGGUCCAUCCUCCUCCUCCUCCUCCCUCAGUGAAUGGCGUCAAUUACCAGAAUGGAGUUUCUUGAUGGGGCUUAUUUUGGCUCUUGGAAUCCACUGGGUUGCAUCUGUCGGCUGGUAA